CACAAGCACAUUUACCCGUGGCUGCCGGCCCAGGUCGGGUAACAAAAGCGGCGUCGCAUACAACUGCCCCUCUCGCCGGUCACCAAUCUCCCUCUCUACUCUCUCUCUCUCUCUCUACUCUUCACAUUGUUUAUAUAUAUAUAUAUAUAUAUGCAUACUCGUUAGUCUGCUUAUACACAGAGAGAAGCAAAGCAUCUUUGACUACCGCUUACCAGAUCGCAUCUUCUUCCUUGGCUUUCCCUGCAGUAUGGCAGAGACAGCUCUCAGAGAUCUGAACACACUACCCAUCUCUGAGAGGAAGAAUGAAGGCUCCAGCAAGGGUGGAUUUACCAAGCCUCAUUCUGAGCAUGGACUUGAUGAAAGGAACAAGAAAAACACUGCCCUCUUGGUUGAAACUCCCAUCAAUGGAGAUGAAAGUCUGAUAUCUGGAGCAGAGGUGGUUAACACAGAAGUGGAAUACAUUGAAUCUGAGAAUUUGAAUGAUGUAGAAGAUGUGGAUAUGAGUCUCAAGACGCUUUUGGCUGGACUAGACUCUAAAGACUGGGUUUUGGUAUGUGAGGCACUCAAUGAUGUACGCCGAUUAUCUAUAUUUCACAAGGAAGCAAUGGUCAGCAUGCUGGAGAAUGUGAUCCCCCUCAUUGUGAAAUCUUUGAAGAAUCCAAGAAGUGCUGUUUGUAAGACUUCAAUUAUGACCUCUGCAGAUAUCUUCAGUGUAUAUGGUGAUCACAUAACUGAUUCAUUGGACCCUCUGCUUGUUCAGCUUCUUCUCAAAUCUUCACAAGACAAACGAUUUGUAUGUGAGGCAGCUGAGAGAGCUUUAAUUGCCAUGACUACUUGGGUUUCCCCCAUUUUGUUGUUACCAAAGUUGCAUCCCAAUCUUAAGAAUAGGAAUCCUCGAAUUCGAGCCAAGGCUUCUAUGUGCUUUUGUCGAAGUGUACUAGGAUUGGGAGUGGAGGGAAUCAAAGCAUAUGGUAUUGACAAAUUGAUCCAAAUUGCUGCAUCCCAGCUUAGUGACCAGCUUCCCGAGUCAAGGGAAGCGGCUCGUAUUCUCUUGUUGGAACUCCAAACUGUAUAUGAGAAGUGUCAUGUCCCGACGCAAACUGCAGAAUCUGAGGAUUCAGAGACGGGUUCUUGGGAACACUUCUGUCAGUCAAAGCUCUCCCCUCUGAGUGCUCAAGCUGUGCUUCGUGUGACCAAUAUUGCACGGGAAGGUCGUGUUCUGGGUUCUUAGCAUGAACUAUAUGCGUAAUGCAUGAGGAGCUUUAGCGAGUACUGUCUCUUUUUUGUCCCUUUUCCAUUGUUUUGGUUGGUUUAUUAUCUUUUACUUGUAAAUACCGUGAAAAAUUAAAAUGUUUGGAGUAAGGCCAUUGAGGCAUUUAGGCGAGUUAUAUAUCCUAUAAUAUUUUUGACAUAAGAUAUACUGCUAACUAUCAUUCUCUCAUUUGUGGCUUCAUGAUGAUAUAAGCUCCCAACAUUCAUAGUGCAUAUUUAUUGCUCCAA